CUGUCACCAUUUCACAAUUCACUGCGGUCUGUUCUGUCAUUCUAGAUAAAUUUUUCAAAAGUAAAAAUGGGUAAAAAUCAUGAAUCAUUUGCUUUGCGCAUAAAAAUGUGAUUUAUUUUCGGAACUUGUUUGAUUAUACUGUGUUCGAAAAUCUGUAUCUGUUCAGUGUACUAGCCUUUACUUACUAUUUCUAAUAUUUGCUUACUAACUAUGUAUAAAGACAGCAAGGAUUACAUCGCGUUGUUGAAGUGACGAAGUAACCUUAAGUUGAACACAUGCAAGUUUAUUGUUGUUGCCUACCUACUGUUCAUCGUUUAUUGAGAUAUAAUGGCGGACAAAAUAAGAAUUAAUUCAAAGUUUGAUCUGCAAGACAAUUAUGAGCCAUCUGAUUCCGAAAAUGAAUAUUCUACUGGAGAAAAACAAAUACUAGACAAGCUACGUAAAAGGAAACACCAAAAUUCAGACAGUGAAGAAGAGGUGUAUGCUUUUUCUGGGUCCGAUGCUGAUUCUGAAGAGAAAAGUGAUUUAGGAAUAGCCGAUAGUGAUUUAGAUGGAGCAGAAAAGUCUGAUGAUGACUUACCUGACUCCAAAGCCUGGGGUAAGAAGAAGAAGUCUUACUAUUCAACUGAUUAUGUUGAUGAAGAUUAUGGAGGGUUUGGUGAUGAUGAACAAGAUGCUCUUAUGGAAGAGGAAGAAGCUAAGAAUAUACAAAAGAGAUUACUUGAACAGCUUGGUGAAGAUGAUUUCACUCUUGACUUCUUCAACAAACAAACUGCAAAAAUUGACGAUGGAGACACAUUGAUAAAACAUGAUGUUAGUCAGAUGUCCAAGAGACAGAAGCUGCAAUUGUUUGAGAAAGAGAGUCCAGAAUUUGCUGGUCUUAUUGAGGACUUCAAAUCCAAGUUAACAGUUGCAAAGGAUGAUUUACAACCAGUUAUUGAACUAAUAAAAGGUGGGAAGCUUCCAAGCUGUUCAGCUUCUAAGUUUGUCAAAACUAAUUAUGAUCUGAUCUUAAAUUACUGCACAAACAUCAGCUUCUAUCUUUUAUUAAAAAGUCAAAAGAUUAAUAUUCAGAAUCAUCCUGUAAUCAAAAGGUUAUACCAGUAUAGACAAAUGCUCAAAAAGAUGGAACCUAUUUAUAUAGAAGUGAUAAAGCCACAAAUAGAUAAAAUCUUAAAUGCAAUGAAAAAUAAUAUCAAAAUGCAAAAGAUUAAAGAAAAGAGCAAAAAACGUAAAUCUGACAAGCACCCUGAUAACCCUAGUAAGAAACUCAAAUUAUUAAAUGCAAUUGAAAAAGAUGACGGAGAUGACACUGGAGUUUCUGAUGAUGACAACGCUGAAGAUGAGAAUGAUUUAGUUAAUAACAAUAAAAACAAAUUUAAAAUCGGGAUACAAAAUGAUGAUCAAUCAGAGGAAAGUGGGUUCUCAGACAAUGAUGAGGCAGAUAAUGAACAUGAUAACCCAACAAGUUCUAACAAAGUGAAAGACGUAAUACCUGAGGAUGUUGGAGACAAGAGGGAGAUAACUUACCAAAUUGCCAAAAACAAAGGAUUGACUCCACACAGAAAGAAGGAACAGAGAAAUCCCAGGGUGAAACAUAAGCUUAAAUACAGAAAAGCUAAAAUAAGGAGGAAGGGUGCUGUUAGAGAGCCAAGAACAGAAAUUACAAGAUAUGGUGGCGAAGCUUCAGGUAUUAAGGUAAAUGUGAAAAAGAGCAUUAAAAUAAAAUAGCCUUUAUUUAAAACUGUGUUUUUUAAUUAUGUAGUAUGUUUUUAUUUUGCACAAUAAAGCAAUUGAUAACAA